AUGGAUUAUAAAGUGAAAAUUGAUAAUAAAUGUGCAUAUCUUGUUGUUCACUUGUUUCAGGUUAUGUUAGAUACAAUAGUCCCUGAAUUGCAAGUUCUUAAUAAAAGUGAAAAAUCGAUUGCACUGAAGGCUGAAUCAUCGGUUGUUUUGACUCCGGAUCAAGAUAAAGAAGCAACUUCAGAUGUAUUUCCAAUCAAUUAUGAUGGAUUAGCAAAGGCAGUAAAGAAAGGAGACACCAUCUUUCUAGGUCAAUACCUGUUCACAGGAAGUGAAACUACAUCAGUUUGGCUUGAGAUAUGUACUUUACCUGGAAGCGGUGCAGCAGAUAUGUACUCGAAUUGUAAGCAGCGGAUAUAUAUGUAUCAAACGACAUCAAAGUUGGCUGGGAGACAACCGGCCGUUGAUGAUGAGCAUAUGGAGUUGGUACUAUGGUAUUGA